AUGUCGGAACUCGCCUUCACCAAAUCCUUCCUCUCUUCGCUUGACUCGCGGCCCGUUAAGCUCCGCGCUGACCAUGUGUUCGAUCCUGAACGAAUCGCACUGCGCAUUCCGUACUUUCUCCCCCGCCUUCAAGCACCCCACCCUCAGAUGCCCAAAAAGGUCAAGCCCACCAUCGCACCUGGCUCCUCGAAAUCGAUAACGGUCUUAUUGAAAUCCGCCCGCAAUCCAACUCUCGACUUCACCAUCCCCAAUGCACCUCUAUCUACUACCUCUGUUCAAGACCUCAAGGAUGCCGUACAUGGCCGUGUGGCUGACGGACAAGGCAAUAAGAUCUCUUUGGAUAAGAUCAAGAUUCUGUAUAAGCGCAAGCCCAUCACAGGCAAGACUAUUGCGGAGAUCCUCGCUGAUGAACCGGAUAUGCUUGCCGGUGGCAAAGCGGUUGAGUUCGGGGUUAUGAUCAUUGGAGGUGCUCAAGCCGUUGAAGCAUCACCAGCGGAGGAGGGACAAAAGGAAAAUGUGACCCCCCCUAAGCCUGCGGUAGGGCCCAGUGGGCAGGAGGUCUUGGAGACUGAAGCGUUCUGGGAUGAUCUGGAAGGCUAUUUGGAACAGAGGAUUAAGGAUAAUGAUGAGGCAAAGAAGCUGCGGACAUUGUUCAAGAGCGCUUGGAGUUCGAGUCGAUGA